GCAAAACCGCCACUCACUCGCAGCGCCCUCUUGCCAUGGGCGACUGGCAUGGAGCCUGGUGCCUCGCGACCGCAAGUUUCCUCGGGCUGCUCUCGUUGCAACUCGAGUGGCAGGAGACAGCAGACUUGCGCCACUCAGCGUUGGCACUUUGCUUCCGCCAUGGUGCCCUGCUGCUGCGCCGCGAGAGAGUGCGCACUGCCUCCCUGCUGGCAGCUGCCUUUUUAGCAGGGCUCUACCAGCUCGCCUUGCUGCCGGUGAGGCGGAGGACCAAAGACUACCACGACCCCAGUUCCCGGCAUUUCAAGGCCUUGCGCGCGAAGAUGUUCCCGCCUGGCUUCCCCGAUGGCUGGCACUGCGUGUGCAACGCCUCCGACGUGGCGGACGGACGCGUGAAGAGCAUUUCCGCUCUUGGCACCUACAUGGUGGCGUUUCGUGGGCAGGAUGGGAAGGUGGGGGUCCUGCACGCCUUCUGCCCACACAUGGGCGCCCACCUGGGCAUGGGCGGCAUGGUGGUGGGCAAUCUGCUGCGCUGCCCCUUCCACCACUGGUCCUUCGAUGCCUCAGGCCGCUGUGGCCAUGUGCCCUAUCGCCGUACCGCGCGGGAGAUGCCGCAGGGGGCAAAGCUGAAGUCGUACGAGGUCCGGGAGCAUUUGGAGCGGAUCUUUGUGUGGUUCGACGCGGAAGGCCGCGCGCCUUUGUGGGAGCUGCAGUGCCACCGGAGGCUCGAGGAGGACCUGCAGAAAGGCUCCUUCUACCUGGCAGCCAUCCGCCAGAUGGAGUUCGACCAGCAUUGCUGUGAGAUGCACAUGAACAGCGCAGAUCCGUUCCACUUCAAGACGCUGCACGCGCCCUUGCCCCUGCCGGUGCUCGAGAAGGUGAUCACCGCUGAUCAUACUGCCACCCAGGAGUACGGCAAGGGCGUGGUUAACGAGGAGCUGAAAGACCAGUGGCAGAUGUGCUCCUUCGAGGAGAGGACCCACGGACUCUUCUUCUUUGGCCGUCCUUGGCUACCAGUGCCCUUCUCUGCCUCGGUGGCCUCCUCCAUCGAGACGAACGUCACCUUCGAGGGGCCCACAGUGGUGCACUUCCGCCUCCGCACGCCCAUCGGGGUUCUGCGGCAGGUGAAGACGAUUCUCCCCGUGGAACCCUUCAAGGUCUACGUGGAGGCCCGCUGGUACGCGGAGAACUCGGUGCCCCGCUUCAUAGCCGCAGCGCUCGCCUGCAUAGGCGGCCGCGCGCUUGAGCAGGACCGCCAGGUGUGGGAGAACAAGGUCUACCACAAGAAGCCGGUGCUCGUAUCGGGCGACGGGCCAUUCUUGGACUUUAUGCGAUGGUACGACCAGUUCUACUCCGAGCAUUCUGAGACCUUGUGCUAUGAUUGGUAGUCAAGAGUCCUGGCCCACCGGUGCGCCAGAGAGUCUCAAAUGCCGGCGGAGGCGUAGAUUGCCGGUUGGUGGUGGAAUUUGUCAUGUCCAAGUUAAGGUCAAGGGGCCCUUGAGUGACUUUGGCGCUGCGACGCCUCGCUCUCGCGGCCUUCGCGAGAGACAGCGGCCCGCUGGCCAGCUUUCUGACGGGACUUCUUCUGCGAGAAACGAAAAAG